AAAAAAUCUAUAGUCAGGUGACGAGUUCUUGUGACAGCUACCAUUUCAAGAAAGUUUCGCCUAAAAUCCUCAAAAAAAAUAUACAAAAAUGGCUCUCCAGGCUGCAGUAAAAGGAAAACUAAUCAGUGUUAUAGGAGAUGAAGACACUUGUGUCGGAUUUCUCCUUGGAGGGAUCGGCGAAAUCAACAAGAACAGACAUCCAAAUUUCAUGGUAGUUGACAAAAAUACUCCGGUAAGUGAAGUUGAAGAAUGUUUCAAGAGAUUUGUUAAACGUGAUGAUAUUGACAUAAUCCUGAUCAACCAAAACAUUGCUGAAAUGAUCCGACAUGCGAUCGACUCACACACCGCACCAGUCCCAGCAGUAUUAGAGAUUCCAUCAAAGGACCAUCCCUACGAUGCUUCCAAAGAUUCUAUUCUCCGUCGUGCUAAGGGCAUGUUCAACCCAGAAGACCUGUCAACAUUUGGUUCCGAUAACUACGCAACAUAGCUACUCGCUUUCUAAGAUGUAGUAUUAAUAUUUAAAAAAAUUAUGUAUUGUGUAUUCUAUGUAUGUUUCUUUUAAUUUAUAUGCGUAUUUAAUAAAACAAUUAA